GCGAGACCGGCUGGACCCACACUGUGCAAACCGUUAUCCACCUGCAAAUAAUGCGUUCAUGGAAUCUGCACAUUCCUCGCUGACGUCACAGCGGAUCGAAUAAUGGAACAAUCGCCGCGCGAAACACGCCGUCGAGCUGUUAUGAUGUUAUGAAGUGCACUUUGGAAUAUUUCCUCGCGACACGGAAUGUCCCAUGGAAGCGCAAGUGAACAACAGGUGGAUUCCGAGGCCAAUCCAGCCCUGGAAGUAGCCAUACUUCUGUGUCUCUCCGCCCCUAUGAGUAACCAUAGCAAAGACACCGUAAAAUCCAGCGUACCGGAAAGAAGCUGAAUAACGCGCUCGCGAUAUGGAUCGUUUCAACUGUGACGUGACGUUGGGAGCGUUAAGGACACGAUUGACCGCUGACAGAGUUCAUUCGGAAUAAUGUCACUUUACAUCUGAUAUCGUCUUCUAAUAGUCAGCGGCUGUGUAUUUCUGUCCCAAGAGAGUGUUUGUAGACUUUUGGAGUUAUAAUGCCUGUCAGUAACGGAUCGAUGAUGGAUUUGCCCUCGGAAUAUGUGAAAAUAAAGGCGCAUUACGGAGGAGACAUGCUGAUCUCAGACUUGGAUUUGGCCAUGACAUACACAGAGGUGUGUGAGGAGGUGAGAAAGAUGUGUGGUGUCCGCAGAGAGAUGCCGAUAACACUCAAGUGGAUUGACGAUGAAGGGGACCCGUGUACCAUCUCAUCCCAGAUGGAGCUGGAAGAAGCAUUCCGGAUCUACAACCGGAACCGGUGCUCUGGACUCCUUUUGCAUGUAUUCCCAAGCAUUCCUGAAAAACCUGGUAUGCCGUGCCCAGGAGAGGACAAAUCGAUCUAUCGCCGUGGAGCUAGACGAUGGAGGAAGCUGUACCGGGUGAACGGACACCUCUUCCAGGCCAAGCGCUUUAACAGGAAAGCGUACUGUGGCCACUGCAGCGAGAGGAUAUGGGGACUGGGGCGUCAGGGCUACAAGUGUAUCAACUGCAAGCUACUGGUCCAUAAACGCUGUCACAAGCUCGUCUCACUGACCUGUCAAAGGCAUAUGGAUCCAGUCAUGCCAUCACAGGAGCCGUUGGUAGAUGAUGAUAAAAGUGGAGAGGAAGUGGAGCUCCCCCCUGAGGACCCUGAGGAAACAGACGCAAUUCCAGUCCCUUUCUUAGCACACAACCGGAAAGUGGAGAAAGCUGAAGAUGACGCAGAGGAUCUGAAGGCGGUGGUGGACGGGAUCGAAGGGAUUCAGAUCUCUCAGUGUCUUGGCCUGGGGGACUUUGACCUGAUCCGGGUCAUCGGGAGGGGCAGUUAUGCUAAAGUGCUGCUGGUCCGACUCAAGAAGAACGAACAGAUUUACGCCAUGAAGGUGGUGAAGAAAGAGCUGGUCCAUGAUGAUGAGGACAUUGACUGGGUCCAGACAGAGAAACACGUGUUUGAACAAGCAUCGACCAAUCCAUUCUUAGUGGGACUUCACUCUUGCUUUCAGACAGAAAGCCGGCUGUUUCUAGUGAUUGAGUAUGUGAAUGGAGGAGAUCUCAUGUUCCAUAUGCAGAGGCAGCGGAAGCUUCCAGAGGAACAUGCCAGAUUUUAUGCUGCUGAAAUUUGCAUCGCUCUUAAUUUUCUGCAUGAGAAGGGCAUUAUUUACCGGGAUUUAAAACUGGACAAUGUACUAUUGGACCAGGAUGGCCAUAUCAAACUUACAGACUAUGGCAUGUGCAAGGAGGGAAUCAGACCAGGUGACACCACCAGCACUUUCUGUGGGACGCCCAACUACAUCGCCCCAGAGAUCCUGAGGGGAGAGGAUUAUGGGUUCAGUGUAGACUGGUGGGCCUUGGGUGUGCUCAUGUUUGAAAUGAUGGCAGGCCGAUCUCCCUUCGACAUCAUCACUGACAAUCCUGAUAUGAACACAGAGGAAUAUCUCUUCCAGGUAAUUUUGGAGAAGCCGAUACGGAUUCCCAGGUCAUUGUCUGUUAAGGCUGCGAGUGUGCUGAAAGGUUUUCUGAACAAGGACCCGAAAGAGAGGCUGGGAUGCCAAGUUCAGACCGGAUUCACAGACAUCAAGGCUCAUACGUUCUUCAGAAGCAUAGACUGGGACCAGCUGGAACAGAAGCAGGUGACGCCACCAUUCAAACCUCAAAUCACAGACGACUACGGUUUAGAAAACUUUGACACGCAGUUCACCAACGAACCCGUGCAGCUAACACCAGACGACGAGGAUGUGAUAAAGAGAAUAGACCAGUCUGAGUUUGAGGGAUUCGAGUACAUUAAUCCUCUGCUGCUCUCCACUGAAGAAAACGUAUGAGGGAAGAACAAUACGGCCGAUGUUUCUCUGCCUGCGGCUCCACGAGACUACUACAGCUGAGUUUAGCUCAGACUAUGUGUUCACAGAGAAGAACUUUUCCUUUAAACUGCGUUAAAGACAAAAAGCAACACUAAAAGACUUAAAGUUUCGGACCCUCCCUGAGUUAUUUUGGGGUUACACUGGACGAAGAAACGACUGCAGGAACUUCAGAAAACAAACUCAAAACUAUUCCCCAAAUUUCAGCUGUUGAUUGUCUUCCUGCUUCCCAGCAUCCUCUUUAAUUUCGACACCCGUUUGUGUGAGUGUGCGCGCACUGUUGCCUGGGACUCAAGUUAGCUCCAUCUGUGUGCCUGCGUCCUUCAGAGACUACAUUUCCCAUCAACCCUAGCUAAAUAUGACAGUUCUAACUUAAUGUGCACUUUUUUAUUUUCUGUUCGACUUUUUUUUAAAUUCUCUUUAAUCUUGUAUGAGGUGCGUCCUCAAGCGAAACAAGAAUGUAUAAUGUUUAAAGGUAAAUGUUGUAUUAUAGUGUAGGUAGCCAAUCGAAGAAUUUAUGAUGCCUUCUAUGAUGCAAAGUGGCACAUUUUAAUUAAUGACCAUGAUGGUUUCCUAAACAGUGGGUAGCUGUGUUUCAGACCACAGGCUUUUAACCACCCAUGUUGAUUUUACAGAGUAAAUAGGAGAUAAAAUGUGUUUUUUUGAAGAAGUGCCUCAAAGAUCCAAAAUUCACCAUGCUCCAAACUGCUCUGAACUCCAUGUUAGAUCGGAGUUGAUUUUCCAAUGUACCAUCCAAUGAGAAAUGUGAGCUGCAGGUGUUUUUUUAUUUUGUUUUAUUUUAUUUUAUUAAUUAAAAACAUAAUUAACACUGAUACAUAUGUUGAAACCAAGACAUGAAGGUUAGAAACUGAAUAAUCACAAAGCCCAAAUACAUCAGACUGGCAGUAAUAUUACCAACCCAGACUCAUUGGAAAAAAUCUGCUUCUACCUACAUUUUUGCAAAACUUCAAAAACGUACCUAUAUAAAUACAUUUCACUACAGUUUCCAUCUGAAAUGAACACUUGUGGCAGUAAAACACCAACACCUUUCAUUCCUUUUCACGCAAAUUAUGAUUACAGUGGCAGAUUUUUUGAUCAAUAAAGACUUAUUUUCUAGCAGUUCCUUGCACAAUCCUAUGUUACGACCUGAAAACACUUUUACCGUAGUGCGUGAUUUGUAAACUUUUUGAUGCUUGCAUCACAUUAUCAGCUUCAUAUGGCUUUUCUGAUAUAGUAAACUUGCUUGGUACCUCACCUGGUACAGCAUUGCAUAUGCAGGCAGAUGUGGAGUGCUUGGAUACGAGUCCUGUGAAACACAAAUCUUAAUAAAAGAGCUCAAAGACAUGUAGAAGCAAGCUAAAAUGACCCCUACGGUCGUUAACACAGUCAGUUAAGUUUAAUAACUAGCUUCCGCAGACCGCCUUCCGUAUUCAACUUACGAAGAAAGUGUAACUGAUGUACGCUUGUUUCAUAAGUUGAAUACGGAAGGCGUUGGACGUAGCAUAAAUGUUUUGAUUUCUGAAGUUAAAUACGGAAGGCGGUCUGGCGGAAUCUAGUUUUUCUACUUUAUAACGUGUUAAAUAUGGAUAUUUUUCUUACACAAAGCAUCGCUAUGCGUCAGAAGGCCUUUAUUGACAUAAAUGUUGCCACAGGCACGAUUUUCCAAUGAGCCUAGGUUUAAUAUUACAGUAGCAUUCAUUACAACAGCACACUAUAUUACUCAAAUGGCUGCUCCUCACUCUGAUAAGAGGGUUUUGUGUUGUUGUACUCAUGUGAUCUGUCAAUAAUGUGCUUUUGAGAUGUUGUGGAGGGCGAGAGAACACAAACAAGGGGUUUGUACAUCAUGUCUCUGGUGUUAUGUGGUGGUAAAAUUGUGCAACAGUGAUGUGAAUCUCAGAUGACCUCAACACAUGGGGGAACUGUAUCUUUGCAGUCGCAAUCAAACGGCCAAAUUCAACCCAUUACAACACUCAAUAUAAAACACAAUUAGCACAGAAUGCUAAUCUUAUAUAAUUUGUUGCUGUGUUCGGAAUAGGAUUCUAGCCUACUACUUGUAGUAGUAUAUGUUGUAUUCUGCUACUUUUACUAAUAGUAGGUGAAACGAUCAUGCCGAUAAACAUUAGUAUGCUACACUGUCACAUGGUAUCUUGUGAUGUUGCAUAUAAGCAACUUAUAAUGACUAUUUCAUAAUCUAAAAUGUUGUGUAAAUGCUGUUUGACAAAAUAAUGAGCCAAAAAAGAUUGAAAUUGAAGGUCAAGGUUGCGCAUUGCAUUCUGGGAUACAUUCUGCACUAUGUGUGUGUCUUGGCAAAUGUAGUAGAUCAUCUGGGUAUCCCAUGCAUACUGUGCACAGUAUACAUACUGCAAAGCUAGUGAGAGUAGCAUGUUAGUAUGCUAUUCCGAACAUAGUCGUAUACACUUCUACAAACUUUUCCUCUAGGGAAACACAACUAAAGCAUAAUGUCUCUUAAAAAGCUUUAAAUUUCACUUCAAAACAUUAUUUUUUCUUUAAAGAAUAAAAACAGCCAAUCACAGGCUAGCUUGACUGAUUAAUCCCUCACAGUGAUAAAGUAUGGUGUUAUUAAGCAACUAGAUAUGUUUUCUAUCUUCUGUUGCAUUUAAUCUCCAAGUUUUGGGGUUUUUUAUUUCCCCCUUUUCUUGAAGAGUGAAGACGACACUCUUAGAUGUGAAUGCUUUGAAGAAAUCAGACCUGUAUGAAGAAUUGCUGCCAUGUUAACAGGAUUAAUUAGCUGCUUUUGUGUCAGACAGUAGUGAGAUUAGCAGACGGGCUAAGAACAAAGAACGGCCCAGGAGAUAACAAGCGUGACGAACGUAACGAUAACGAGGCAGAGAGAGCAAAGCCAGAUUACCCCACCAUGUUUUCAGCUCUCUAAUGAAAAGCUGGUACAGAAACAGCCACAAAAUUUCCACUCUUUAUGAAUGAUAUGUGGAUUGUUUAUGACAGAAACUUCAGGUCAAUGCAAACUGCCAACAUUCAAGUAUAGUUUGCUGGUGCGAAUUUUCAGGUUUUUAACGUAAAGAUGGCCCUACGUGACAUUAUUUGACUUUAAAUUUUCAUUCCUGUAAACUGAUGAUUAUUCGUACAAACUGUUUGAAUAACAGGUACUAUAGUAUAUUACAAAGGACCAAGGAAUAAACCAUCUUCAUCUGACCAACCUAAUUUUCCACCAGCUCAAGCUAAUGUACAGAAUCCACAUGAAACAGUCAGAUUUAUGAUUGUCCUUUGUUUUGGUUUUAUUCAUGUUUAUAUUUGAACUGGAAUAAGUUUAGCAUAAUUGUAAAUAUCUGUAAUUUAAACCUUAAAAUUUUCACAAAAAGAGCGAAAUAAAUCUGUUUCUGCACCAUAAGAGAUCUCUGAAUCCAGUGUCCCAACCGCUAGUCUCAAACUUAGAGCCCAAGACUGCAAUAAAAUACAAGUUCCUGUCCCUGAAAACAUUUUUAACAAAGAAAUUUCCAUUAUUUAUCAACUUGCCAAAUACAAAAGCCGCCGCAAGCUGUUUUCUGCUUUUCUUUCUUUUUCAGUUCUUUCCUUAUGUUGAGUCCAAAGCAAAUUACGCUCUUAUCAAUGUGCUACAGGGGAAUACUUUUAUAUUUGAAGUGUUUGUUUUAUAAAUUAUUGUAAAUGAAAGCUCCAGUAGAGUUUCUGUGGGCUGAGGGGAAGAGAGAGAGAUGUGAACAUGUCUUUGGUUUUAUGAAGUUAAGUCUUAAGCAUCUUAGAUAACAACUGUAAAUCAGUAAAUGUUCAUUGUAAUGAC